AACAUAUCUGUGUGAUUAAUUGUGUAAAUUCGCUGCUCAAUUUGUUUCGCUCGUAUCGUUUGCAGCUUUUUCAAGCAGUAUUAAACGUGAAGGAAAUGAACGAAGUAGUACGACUAAGUAUAUUCAUUGUUGGGCAUGUCUUUUAUAUAUUCUUGGGUAACUACGUUGGCCAAAUUUUAAUCGAUCAUAGCGCCAGCAUUUUUGAGAAAACAUACCUCACGCGAUGGUACAGCGCCCCAUUGCGAGUACAAAAGUUACUACCGAUUAUAAUGCAAAGAAGCACAAGAAGCUGUAAAAUGACCAUAGGCGGUAUGUUCGUUUCAUCAUUAGAAGGCUUCGCAGCGCUUAUGAGUACGACUAUGUCAUACUUUACGGUACUUUGGUCCGUAAACAAGUAAUGCCGUUAACGACAAAAACGUAUUACACCAUGUAUCACUUGUGUAGUUAUUAAAUCAGUAAAAUUAAAAUUAAAAACAAUAAUCAUAAUAACGUCGCAAGAUAAUUGUCAAAUUUUCUUCACUGGAUCCAUAAUAUUUUACGAAAAAAUAGCAUAUUA